AUGAGAGGAAGAAGUAAGCAAAAGAGGAUGAGAAGCGAGAAGAAGAAGAAGAAGAAGAAGAAGAAGAAAAGCCGUCGUCGCGCCUUGACUCUUGCUUGUCCUUCGUCUUGCUCUUUUUCCCCCACGAAGAGAGCGAGGAAGGACUUCUAA